UGGUGAAGAAAGUAAUUAUGAUAAUAAUGAACUAGCAAAUUGUAAAGUGAAUGAUAAUAAUUCUAGUGAAUCUAUAAAUAAUAAAUUAGUAAAUAGUGAAGAAAGUGAUUAUGAUUCCGAAACCAAAAGUUUAUCAAGCCUUGAUGCUGACAAAACAACGAUUAAACAGUUAUUUGAAAAGGUGUUUAUAAAUGAUGGAUUAACAUGUAAUUCUCCGAUGGAAAAGGCUUAUUACUCUGCCCAAAUAUUUUCAUUGCUAUGUUUUAAUUGCGGUGAUACUGAUAUUGUUACUCCAAUUCCAGCUACUCAAUAUCCAUUAUGCACAGAAUGUACACAAAAAGGUGUUAAAACACCAACUCGUGGAAAUCAUAACGUUCAGAGAAGAACAGUUCGUAAUGAUUAUAGUUAUAUAUGUGGGAUGAAAUUUCGUCAUUUGAUUCCUCCACCCGUUGAUCCUCCAUUUGAUCUAAGAUGGAAACCCGAUCUAGAACGAAUAACCGAUAUAAAUCGUACUUCGCGUACGUUUCGGUCAAAACUUCUUCCUCUACACAGUGACCCCGAUUUAGGGAUGGUAUACGACUUAAGUACUAUUCCUAGUGCAUUUUACGGAGAAGAUUAUGACAUAAAUCCCAAAAAAAUCGGUCAUCUUGACCAUAAAGAUACUUGUUUGGUGGUUCCACCCAAAGAUCAUGCAAACGUUAUUAUGGGUAUAGCACGACUGAAAAGGUAUUCAAAUGGUCCUAGACCAUGGCUGCGUAUGACACAGUAUAUAAGUGCAUCUGAAACCGUACAUCGAGGUGAUAUUACUGAUAAAACAAUGGAAAGUCGCAUGGCCACUUUAAAAGCUAAUCAGAUGGAUUUAGAACAAAGUCAUGAUGAACAAAUUGCCGAGAUUGAAGAAUCCUUUAGAAUUGUAAAUGAUCCGGAAUUUCUUAAGAAACUUGAACAUCCCAAAAAUCCAAAAGCAAAACCAGAACAAAUUCUUUCUAUAUUUCCUGAAUUUGAAUAUAAUCACGUUGUAGUUGUACAGGCCAGCUUUGAUAGUGAUCCUUGGGAAGGUCUUCUCUUGGAAGAUGAUGAGGAACGUGGGAAAAAUCGACAAGAGCGAAUCAGUAAGGCGUUGAUUAACCCAGUGGUGUCCGGUGAUGAGAAAUUUUUAAUGUUAUAUGUUCCAUCGUCAGAAACUGCUGAAAGAUUAUCAAAUCUUAAAUCAUUUGAUGAUUGUAAAGGGGAUUAUAAUUACAAAUGGGUGAGAGAUUAUGUUACAGAUAAGAAUCCAAUUCCAAAAAAUUCUCAACUUUUAUUUAUGGAACGCUACGUUGAUGAAGAUGAAACUAAAGAAAAAGUAAUGACAUAUGUUCCUUUCGCCGUCAGAUGGAACAUGAAACGGCGCCGCCAAACUGAAUUAUUCCGUGUACCAGAGAAUUAUGGAAAAACUACGUUUUUAAAAUAUUCUUACAGAGUUCCCGAAAAUAAUAAAGAAUGCCAGAUAGAAUUAUUAAGGAACGAAGGUCUUCAUGAAGAUGAAAUUCUACGAAUCAUAGGGAAGAGACGUCGAAUUGAACAACCGAAUAUCGAACGACAGAAAAAAUAA